CCGGCAGUGCCGAGCGGUGCGUGGCGUGACUACCGCGAGCACGACGUCUUGCGCUGCCGCCGCUCUCUGUUGGCAGCCUGUUCAGCACGACCGCUGUCACUGCUGAUAACUGAGGUUACUUAGACGUCCGUCAGCUAUGAGGGCUCACAGCAAGCAGGUCCACCGAAUGCCUGUUUGAGACCGGUGGAAACUGCACGCGCUGAGUCCCUCAGGCGGGACGUUUGGACCUCCGCGCGGUGACGUGUUUGAACUGUUCCAUCUAACCAUACCCAGCUAAAGAGUGGUUCUUCCGGUGCGACGGAACAGCUCAGCUGAGUGCAGGCUAUGGGAGAGUGAGACACCAGGUAUCACCAGUGUGCUCGCCCCCAUCCAGUGCCGUGUUGGUGACUGUGCUCGCCCUGUGACCCGGAGUCGUCUCACACCCCUGACGGGUGCCCCGAGGUGGUCAUCAGUAGCACAGCUGGUGUUGCAGUGUCGGAUUUCCGAGCUUUGGUCCCGUACAUCUAAGACACAGAGAUGAUGUCCGGCUGUGUGAGCCGGGUGGUGGCGGCGGCUGUGAUGCUGCAGCUGGGCGGCGGCGCCCUGCCUCGCGCCGUCCGGAUCGGGGCAAUUUUCACCGAGGAGCAAAGGUCCAGUGCCCUAGAGAUGGCGUUUAAGUACGCUGUUUUGAAGGUCAACAUGGAUAGCGAAAUUCUUCCAAAUACCACCAUUGAGUACGACAUCCGUUAUGUACACAAGGACGACAGCUUUCACACUGCCAAAAAAGUCUGCAGCCAGCUGCGGUACGGCGUACACGCGCUGUUCGGGCCGACGGACCGGCUGCUGGGCGCGCACGUGCAGAGCAUCUGCGGCGCGCUGGACGUGCCGCACGUGGAGGCGCGGCCGGACGCCGACUGGACCGCCCCGGGCCGCAGCAUUAACCUGCAUCCGGCCCCGGCUGACCUGGCCACUGCGUAUGCUGACCUCAUCGACUUCCUCAACUGGACCCGCCUCGCCGUAGUCUAUGAAGACAACGCAGGUCUGGUCCAGCUGCAGGCCCUGGUCGGUACGUCGCCUGGUGUCGACAUGGAAGUGUAUAUUCGCCAGGCGGGACCAGCACACUACCGCGAUGUGCUGGCUGACAUUAAGAACAAGGAGAUCUUCAACCUCAUCAUCGACACGGAGUCCAGGAGCAUGCCGCGGUUUUUACGGGCGUUGCUGCAGCUUCAGAUGAACGACUAUCGCUACCAUUAUCUCUUCACUUCCUUUGACGCGGAAGGCUUCGACUUGGAAGACUUCCGGUACAACCUGGUGAACAUGACGGCGUUCCGUCUGGUCGACUCGGAGGCGCCGUGGGUGCGCGACGCCGUGGAGGCCAUGGAGCACUUCCAGCCGGUUGGCUCCGGCAUGGUCCAGCAGCACGGCGUCAUCGAGGCGGAGACGGCACUCAUGAUCGACAGCGUGAGCGUGUUCGCGCACGGUCUGCACGCGCUGGGCGUCGACGGUCCGCUGGCGCCGCCUAAUGUCACCUGCGAGCGCCUGGUGGCCUGGCCAGCCGGCCUCAGCCUCUACAACUUUCUAAGCUCGGUGCGGGUGGCUGGACUGACCGGGGCCGUGCAGUUCACCGAGGGCCGCCGUUCCGCACUCCACCUCCACAUGCUCAAGCUGACCGAUGCCGGCAUGCGCAAGGUCGGCUGGUGGAGCCGGCAAGACGGCAUCGUGCUGACCAACAAGACAGCCUUCUUCGGCGCCAGCGUGCCUAACGUCACCCUGCUUGUCACCACCAUACUGGAGCGGCCGUUCGUCAUGCUGAGCAGCAACGCCAACCUGACGGGCAACAGCAGGUUCGAGGGCUUCUGCGUGGACCUGCUGGCGCGCGUGGCUGAGAUGGUUGGGUUCCGGUACCGGCUGGAGUUGGCGCCCGAGGGCGUGUUCGGUUACCAGGACGCCGAGACGGGCCAGUGGAACGGCGUCGUGCGACGCCUCAUGGACAAGAAGGCGGAUCUGGCUGUGGCUUCGAUGACUAUCAACUACGCCAGGGAGAGUGUGGUCGACUUCACCAAGCCUUUUAUGAACCUGGGCAUUAGUAUCCUGUUCAAGGUGCCCAAGAGUCAGCCCACUCGUCUGUUCAGCUUCAUGAACCCGCUGGCUGUGGAGAUCUGGCUGUACGUCAUGGCCGCCUACGUUAUCGUCUCCUUCACCAUGUUCGUGAUGGCGCGCUUCAGCCCGUAUGAGUGGAACAACCCGCACCCGUGCUUCGCUGAUAACGACGUGGUGGAAAACCAGUUCAGCGUCAGCAACAGCUUCUGGUUCAUCACGGGCACCCUGUUGCGUCAGGGGUCCGGCCUCAAUCCCAAGGCGGCGUCCACCCGUAUAGUGGGCAGCAUCUGGUGGUUCUUCACGCUCAUCAUCAUCUCCUCCUACACGGCCAAUCUGGCCGCCUUCCUCACCGUCGAGCGCACGUCCACCUCCAUACAGAGCGCGGCCGACCUGGCCAACCAGGAGGACAUCGAGUACGGCACGCUGGAGGGGGGCUCCACCAUGACCUUCUUCCGCGACUCCAAGAUCGACACGUACCAGAAGAUGUGGCGCUUCAUGAACAGCCGCAAGCAGUCCGUCUUCGUCUCCGACCACAAGUACGGCGUGCAGCGCGUGCUGAAGGGCAACUACGCCUACCUGAUGGAGUCCACCGGACUGGACUACAUCGUACAGCGCAACUGCAACCUCACGCAGGUCGGCGGCCUGCUCGACUCCAAGGGUUACGGCAUCGCCACUCCAGCUGGGUCGCCCUGGCGGGACCGGAUCUCGCUAGCCAUCUUGGACCUGCAGGAGAACGGCGUGGUACAGAUGCUGUACAACAAGUGGUGGAAGGACACGGGCGACGUCUGCAACCGGGACGAGAAGAAGUCCGAGUCGAAGGCCAGCGAGCUGGGCAUCGAGAACAUCGGCGGCGUGUUCGUAGUGCUGCUGUGCGGCCUCUCGCUGGCCAUCAUCGUCGCCGUCCUCGAGUUCUGCUGGAACUCCAAGAAAAACGCGCAAACCGAUCGGCAAUCCAUCUGCCUGGAGAUGGCCAACGAGCUGCGGUUCGCCAUGCGGUGCCACGCGCCCCGACAGCGACCCGCCCUGCGCCGCUCGUGCUCCCGCUGUCACAACACCACCGCCACCUACGUCCCGCAACCGCCGCCACGACCGCCAUCUGUUGGCUGUGACGUCAUCGCUGCCCGUCUGGCGGAGAACGGCGGCUCUGGCAACGGCUACGCGUUGGAUCAUCGCGGCACCUUGCUGGAGUACUCUUGAUUUGAGACCCUCCCGCCGUGUGGUGUAAGAGUGCUGGAUUUGGGCACUGAUGUGGUGCUAGUGGACCAGUGCGGAGUGGCCGGCGACCGGCUCACUGGAACGAGUGACGACUGCACGCGAGAUAGGACCGUGGACGGACUCCAGAGGCAGCUCGCCACGUGGGCCGCAUUCCAGGGCAACGAGCGGACUGCACACUUGGCCCGCUUAUGAUGUUGGCAAUGUGCGGUUAGUUGAAUCUAGCUGACGGGGCGUGGAUGGUUGCUGCUUUAGAGCGUACCUGUUACCUGCACAGUCUUGGGAGGUACAAACUGAUGUGUUUUUUCCCACGCACGAUCUCGUUUUUAUGUGCGUGUAUCCUACAAGUUGGUUUCAUUAAAUAAAUAUUGCUGUAAAUAUACAACU